AUGGAUAUCAACCGCCGUUUAGCUGUUUGCGCAUGCGUAGAACAGCACAUAAAAAAAUUGUCAGCUGGGAAUUUUCAGGACGCAGCUUUGACAAGUGUUGCUAGUGAGGAAACGUCACCACCGGCCCUGCAGUACCGUGACGUGCUGGUGCUGCACUGGGGGGACAUCAGGGAGGAGUCAGGAGUAGUGAGGGGAAUGCGAGGGGCCGACAUUCCCGUGCAGCCAGUCAGUGCAGUUUCAAUCUUGCAGAAUUCCAGUUUUUACGAUUACAACGGUUGGCCACGUCUGACAGACUGCUUCCUCAACACGGUGCUGGUGUGGGUGCCAUGUGCUUGCUUGUGGUGCCCUCUGCCCUUCUACCUGGUGGUGCUGGCCAGGAAAGGGGAAGUCACUCCACUUCAUGUCACCUGGCUGAACUCGGCCAAGACGUUUUCCAGCAUGGUGUUGAGCAUGGUGGCGCUGGUGUCGUUGAUACAAGGCUCUAAACUGUUGAGGGACGGCGGAAGUGACGUACUUCCUGUGGUCGCCUACCUGGCCAGCGCCCUGCGGCUGGUGUCGUAUGUGAGUCGCCGUGACGGCGCUGUAUAUAAGACCUCUACCUCUAGGUACAUCUACCUUGGGUGGCAAAGAGAUCUUACAGAGGCUGACCUUUUUGACCUCAACCCACGAGACAGCAGUGACGUCCUUGUCCCGUGCUUUGAACGAGAGUGGGAGUUGGAGAGAGAAAGACUUAGGAACAAACGAGCCAGGGAACGGCACCAGCGCCGACUCCGCUAUCACAUCACUUCAACUUCUUCCCAAAGACUCCAUAGAAGGAGACAUUCACCUUCCAGCAACCGUCUUGGAAACCAGGUCCCUCGCUCCCAGCUGUUACACCCACAAUUCGCGAGGAAAGGGCGGGGUCACCACAGCCUAUGGGACCCUCCACCGGCCAGGGGACGACGAGGUGAAGCAAGAAACGCCGUCGCUGCUCCGAGUCUUGGUGAAGCUCGUGGGACCUCGGCUCAUCCUCGGGCUGUUCGCGAACGCGGUAUCCGAAGGGAUCUUGAUUUUAUGCCCCAUGUUAUUAGGGCUGAUGAUCGAGCAGGUGACCAGCCCCGACAACAACGACAGGCAGGCGAGGUCUGGCUACGUGCUGGCGGUGCUGAUGUUCGUGGUGUACAUGGUCAGGACACUGCUCUCCAGUUUCAGCUUAUGGUGUUCACAACUGUCGGCAUGCAGCUGAAGACCAUCCUCAUUGCCGCCAUCUACAGAAAGUCACUAACGAUGAACAGCGCCGCACGACGACUGGCCGCUAGCGAGAUAACCAACCUCAUGUCUGUCGACUGUCAACGCAUUCAGGACGCCAUGUUCUAUGUCGUCACUUGGACCACUCCUCUACAGAUUAUCAUGGUUGUCGGUGUCCUCUACGUUUACAUCGGCCCCUCAGUCUUCGCCGGCGUCAUCGUGCUUCUCCUCCUCGUCCCCCUCAACUCCUACAUCUCAAGUUGUCAAAAGAAACUCAACAUCAGCAACCUCAAGUUCAAGGACAAGAGGCUUAGACUGACCAAUGAUAUGUUGAGUGGAAUGAGGGUGGUAAAGAUGUACGCAUGGGAACCUUCCUUCGAGAAGAUGAUCAAUGACUCGAGGAGCGAGGAGACAAAGGUGUUGCUCAGAAUUUCCUACCUGAACAUGUUUAUGGGUGUGUUCUACUACUUCGCACCUUUUCUGGUAACCCUGGCCACGUUUGCAACAUUUGUGGUUGUCUCCCCUGACAACCACCUGGACGCCCGGCGGGUCUUUGUGACCUUGGCCUUGUUGAACUUGCUGAGAGAUCCCCUUGACCUUCUGGCCAAAGCCAUCUCCUUGACCGUUCAGUCUAUGGUGUCAGUGCAAAGGAUCAACAAGUUUCUGUGCUGUGAAGACCUUGACACAGACAGUGUUACCUGUGCUGCUGAUGAAGUCGACGCCAUAUCCAUCAGAAACGGAACGUUCACGUGGGACAAACACUACAAACCUGUCUUGAAAAACGUCGACAUCAGCGUCGGUGUCGGCAGGCUGGUGGCGGUGGUGGGUCACGUGGGAAGCGGAAAGUCGUCAUUGAUCUCGUCACUUCUCGGAGAAACGGAAAGAGUAUCAGGGAAAGUAACCAUGAAGAGUUCUGUGGCUUACGUCCCUCAGCAAGCGUGGAUACAAAACGCCACGAUACGGAGUAACAUUCUCUUCGGGAACUUCAACCUACAAAGAUAUCAACAGGUCCUGCGGGCAUGCGCACUCGAACGCGACCUGGAAAUACUGUCAGCAAGAGACAUGACUGAGAUUGGCGAAAGGGGCAUCAACCUCAGUGGGGGUCAGAAGCAGAGAGUGAGUCUGGCCCGCGCCGUGUACAGUGACAGCGACAUCUACCUACUGGAGGACCCGCUCAGCGCCGUGGACUCGCACGUGGGCAAACACAUCUUCACCGAGGUCAUUGGCCCCAACGGCUUGCUCCGGCACAAGACGAGGGUGCUGGUGACACACGGCAUCCACUGGCUGCCGAUGGUUGACGAGAUCAUCGUGCUGUCCGACAACGGCAUCUCGGAGAAAGGCAGCUACGACACUCUCAUGUCCCACGACGGACCCUUUGCUCGCUUCCUCAAACUUCACCUGCAACAGAAGGAGGACAUGGAGGAAGAGGAAGAUCCUGAAAUCUCGAUUCUUAUCAACAAGAUCCGAGAGAACGUGGAGACUGUGACUUCCGAUGGCGCAACUUCCGGCGAAGAUCUGACAUAUCAAGACUACUCUAGACGAAGGAAGUCUACAAGGACAACAUCAAAAUCAUCGUGGAUGACUGAUUCAACGAAAAGUAAAUUCAGCACGUGCCACCUUGAGGAAGACACAUCUUUACAGGAGAACAACUACAGGCUGGUGAAGGAAGAGACAAUUGAGAAAGGAAACGUGAAGUGGAGCGUGUUUCUCACCUACAUACGAGCAGCAGGCGCCGUACCCUUCACAGCAUCCAUUUUGUUCUUCCUCCUCUUUCAAGCCAUCAACGCCUCAAGUAACUUCUGGCUCAGCCGCUGGACAGAUGACAACUUCCUCGCCACAUCCCACGGAAACGCCACCUUGCGGCACGACUACACAGCCAAGAAUGACUACUACCUGAUGGUGUUUGUAAUGUUUGGCAUCGGGCAGAGUAUAAUCUUUGUCCAUAUUUGGUUUCGUACAGUCGUCACGCUGGUCCUGAGCAACUUCUUGCUGUGUGUUCGAACGGUUGUUGCCUCCAAAAACCUUCACAGCAGACUUCUUGCUAGUGUACUGCGGUCACCAAUGGUCUUCUUUGACACGACUCCAGUUGGACGAAUAAUAAACAGAUUUUCGCGUGACAUAGAUACCAUCGACAACAUCCUUCCAAACAACAUUCAGGAGUCUGUCUCAGCUGGGACGAUGAUUCUUGUCACCAUCAUCGUCAUCUCCAUCAGUACACCGCUCUUCAUUUUCCUAGUUAUUCCUGUCAUCAUCCUGUAUUUCCUCAUACAGAGCUUCUACAUCCCGACGUCCCGGCAGCUGAAGAGGAUGGAGUCGGUCACUCACAGCCCCAUCUACGUCCACUUCAGCGAAACCAUCAGCGGCGGCGCCACCAUCCGCGCCUACCGAGCGGUCGACCGCUUCAUCGAGGAGAUAAAACGACGGGUGGACAGAAACCAGUCCUUGUACUUUACUAGUCUGAGCGCACACAGGUGGAUGACAAUGAACCUAGAAAUCAUCACAAAUCUUAUCAUUUUCGGUGCUGCCAUCUGUUCUAUUGUCACCCCUGGCAUUGGAGGAGGAACUUUGGGAUUUUCUGUGACUAACGCGAUGCAGAUGUCGGAAUAUUUGGGCUGGAUUGUCCGAAUGAUUAGCGAUCUUAUAACGAGCAUGGUGUCCGUGGAGAGGGUGAAGGAAUACUCACAACUGGAUCAGAGGUCAGAAAAGGGCCCUUCAAUAGCUCCAUGGACUAACCCUUUGAGACGUCCAGAUACUUCGUGGCCCGAGAGAGGUCGCCUGCUGUUUAGUGAGUACAGCACGCGCUAUCGACCCGGCCUUGACCUCGUGUUGCGAGACAUCAGCUUCAUUGUUGAGGCUGGUCAGAAGGUUGGUAUCGUUGGAAGGACAGGGGCAGGUAAAUCCUCGAUGACGCUUUCUCUCUUCCGGUUGAUCGAGGCCUGUAACGGCUACAUCAUCAUCGACGGCGUCAACAUCGCCGACAUCGGGCUCCACGACCUGCGCUCUCGCAUCACCAUCCUGCCCCAGGAUCCCGUGCUCUUCUCUGGCACGCUACGGAUGAACCUUGACCCGCUGGGUCAAUAUUCAGAUGACCAAAUUUGGAAAUCUCUGGAGACUGCUCAACUUAAACGCUUUGUAGAAGAGUUGCCAGAAAAGUUGGACCACCAUGUGGGAGAAGGGGGACAGAAGCUAAGUGUAGGUCAGCGGCAGUUGGUGUGUCUGGCCAGGUCGCUACUUCGCCGAACCAAAAUCCUGGUCCUGGACGAGGCCACGGCCGCCGUUGACAUGGAAACCGACUCCCUCAUCCAGAACACCAUCCGUGAGGCCUUCAGCUCCUGCACCAUCAUCACCAUCGCACACCGCCUCAACACCAUCAUGGACUACGACAGGAUCCUCGUGCUGGAUGAAGGGUUAGUGAAGGAGUACGACUCGCCACACGUGCUUCUUGCGAACAAACAGAGUAUUUUCUACGGCAUGGCCAAGGACGCUGACCUUGUUUAAUAGGGUCAAGGAUGCUAACCCUGUGUAACUAUGGCAAAUGCUCUGAUAAAACUUGGCAUGUCUAAGGUGAUAACUCUGUAUAAAAUUAUCAAGAACGUUGUCGUCGGUGCGAUCGUUUGUUACUUAAACAGCUGAGCGCGGUUUAAAGUUUGGAAAACGUUUUGUUUACUCGGUAACUUUAUUCAAAAUAAAAGCAACUAAGUGUAGAACUAACAGGUUAACCUCUCACCCUCACAUCUCACCAACACACAGGUACUCACGUAAAUACACAUAGGUUUCCAGAGCAAACAAAACCAAAUUUUGUAUCCCAAAGAAAAUAUAAAAAUCCGUCCAAGAAGAACAUGCUACUUUGUCAAUAAAAACAAGUUGCUUUGCCUACUUAACUGUAACACUUAUAAUAAAACCAGUCACCAUUAUAGACGCUGUAAUAUUAUGAUGCGCAAUAACAGGACACCACUAGCAAAUGCGAUAUGAUAAGGGGUAGAAUUCAUCAAUAAAAAGUCCUUUCCUUGUUAAUCUUUGUCUAAUGUUAGUCCCUUUUAUCUGAAUAAAUAUGAAGACAGACAAAUAUAUGUGUGUGUCUUGUUAAUAACAA